AUGGAGUUCUCCGUACCGUACAACACAUCGUCAUGGACACGGAAGGAUACCCCAGCGGUACGACGAAAAGUCGAUGCUCUUGCUUUUCCCUACGAUGCCUUUGUGGGAUGUCGGGUGGGUCGGAGGGCGAUCACAGUGAUGAGAUGCCAAGUUGAGAUUCUUCCCAUCCUCGUCUUCCUGGCCAUGGUCCUUUUUUCAGCUGCUGGCGGAAGAAGAGAGUGCGUGUACGAGUAUGGGAGCGGGGAGUCGAAAGGGGGGAACUUCUCGUCUCCGUCCUGGCCUUUAUUCUACCCCAGCGGCCUAGAAUGCCUCUAUCAUUUCUCCGCCUCCAACCGAGAGGGGAUCUCCAUCCAGUUCACGCACUUCGACCUCGAACCCCCAUAUGAGGCAGGGUGCCUGAAUGACUACGUGGACAUAUCGACGUUCUCAGACGUGGGGUUCAAGUCUUUUAUUGGCCGGUAUUGUGGAUCAAAUCUUCCACCCGAGAUUUUGGUCAUACACCCUAAAGUGGAACUGUAUUUUAGCACGAAUCUGGUACUUCAACACCGGGGCUUCACCGGUGUCUAUUCCUUCCUUCCCGAAGAGGGAAUCCCAGCGCCAGGAUCGAGGUGGGAAGGGGUGAAAGGAUGCGGUGGGGUGAUCACGGGUGUGGGAGGGGUGCUCGCUUCACCCGGUUACCCUUCUUUCUACCCGGGUCCCGUGGAUUGCUUUUGGCUCAUCAGAGUCCCCACCGAUCGACACAUCUUUCUUCAAGUCCUCGACCUCGAACUCGAAGGAAGCAUCGCCAGUUGUUCGAGGGCAGAGGUGAGUGUGUACGACGGCUACGGGAGCAUCGAGUUGAACCAGAAAUUGAGGAAAUUCUGCGGAGGACUGGGAUACUACAAGAACCCUGGCGAGAAGAUUCUCCUUUCUUCGAGGAAUCGCAUCCUCGUUAGGAUGCAGACGGAGUCGAGAUCCCAGCAAGGACGACGGGAGGACGUGGGAUUUCGGAUCGUCUGGACCCAAGUCCAACUCCUCGUUCCAGGUUCUUUUCUCUCUUCUUUUUUGUUUUUGUCCUCUCUCUCACCGUGGACCCCAAUGGAGUCGGAUGCUGCAGGGAACUGCACCGGUGGAUUCGUGUGUAAGGAGUCCGCUUAUUGCGUGGGGGAAGAAUACGCGAGCAACCUGAAUCCGUGCGAAGAACCCCGUCAUUUCUGCAUACAUUCUUCCCUUCAAUGCAACGGGGAACUCAACUGCUCCGAUGGCGACUCCUCCGACGAGCACGACUGUUACAGAAAUUCGUUGAUCGCGGCGGGAGUGGUGACCCCAUGCGCUUUGGUCCUCCUCGCCGUCAUCGCCAUCCUCUGUAAGCGAUCCAAGUGCCAGGGAGAAAAGAAGAAAAAGAAAGGCACCAUGAUGACGUUCGACCUGGAAUCCACGGCUCCCACGACCCCGACCUCCUUGUCCGUUCAGCUGCCGGUCGUCGAGUUGGAUCGCAGCCCCUCUUAUCUCAAUCAGAAGAGCUUUCAAUCUUCCUUCGAACAGAUGUCAUCGCUACCGAAGGGAAUCAUGACAUGUCCCCGACACGGGCACGGGCAGCUGGUGGACCUGGACCUGGUGGACGCUGGAGAAGCAGACGACGGGAGUGAUGUUACCAUCCCCACUCCUCCUCCCUCCAUCCACGCGGCCGCAAUGUGUCCUUCUUCCAGCAAGCAUAUCAAGUUCUCUUCCUCGACCACGAAGGACCGUGACAAUGUGAAUGUGACGGACAUGAUUAAGACUCCUGACAUGGAGUUCAUUGUGAGAAACAAUCCCUAUGCGGAACUGACCUCUCCUCUCCUAGAGGGAACAGAAAGGUCACAUUCAGGAUCAGGAGUCACCGGGAACCGUUGUCCUCGCUGUGACAAACCUCGUCGUCAGGGUAGCACAUCCUCGCCCAAGUGCUGUCGCAAGAGACAGGAAUCCUUCAACUCCACCCUAUGACCUCAACUGCACCUAUUUAUAUCCCGUUGCCCCACCGAC